AUGUGCCUGGUUGGCGCGACCGAAUCCCACUAUGGGGCCACGACUUUUAUGUUCGUAGUGGAGAACGACCGCAUUUGCCGUGAGUCCACGGUCUCCGUCGGCGGGGGUGGGCGCGUCUCAGCGAAGGCGAUGCAGAGACCCGUCCCGGCAGCAGUUAUCCAACGGCGUACCAGGCAGAGCCUCGUCUCGACGAUGCCGGCGCAGUGUUUCAUCCGACCAUCCAUCCGGCGGAGUCCGCGGUACGCUGUGCACUCGGCACAAGUGCACAGCGCCCUCACCUGGUUUAGCCCGCCGGUCGAGACGGUUGCCCGGGGUGUGGCCGCUGAGCAGAGCCCAGCUACGUGGAGCCACAGGUGAGAGUUGGGUGCCAGUAAAUGGACGCAAAUCACAACUUCGCCCGGUCCGCAACGCCGCCGCACAACCGCUCCCAACGUGUCCUCGAUGUCAACGGACAUUCCGGGCAUGAAUCGGACUUGUUGGACAUCUCCGAACCAACUGCACCUCUCGAACUGCUCCAGCCAUCGUCUCCCCGCCCGCCUCUUCCUCGUCCUCUCUUCCGCCAACUAACUCUGACACUCCUUCUGCAUCACCACUUCCAUCCUCCUCCUUCUCCUCCACUGCCCCAGCGGCGGCCGUUCAGACUGCCGUCUCACACAUCACCAACCCCAACACAACAACCGACAUCACCUCUCCCACCUCUCCCGAUACCACUGAUGAGGAUCAGGACUACACCUGCCCUCACUGUGACCGCACCUUCACCUCACACAUCGGCCUGGUCGGUCACUUGCGAAUCCAUCGCACAGAGACUGGCGAACCAGUGCCUGGAGCACCAACCUACACCCACCGCACUCGACUCCACUGCCCACACUGCCCUCGCACCUUCCGGCAUCGCAUGGGCCUAUUCGGCCACAUGCGCAUCCACGAGAGCGGAAUUGACCGCAGCCUUGACACACCCACCCCGCCAAGCCCCACUACCAAUCCACCACCUUGUGUACCCACUAACCACUCCCCAACCGACAUCGACGCCUCCGGCCUUACCACCUCCCACUCCUCCCCUUCCUCCUCUUCCUCCAUCACUGCCACAACGACGACCGCUUCGGCGUCUGUCGCCCACGACUUCACCACAGCCGAACCUGGCACAACAACCGGCACAAAACCUGCAACCUCCAUCAUCAGACGUGAGGGCCAGGACUACAUCUGCCCUCACUGCGAUCGCACCUUCACUUCACGCAUCGGCCUGGUCGGUCACUUGCGAAUCCAUCGCACAGAGACUGGCGAACCAGUGCCUGGAGCACCAACCUACACCCACCGCACUCGCCUCCACUGCCCACACUGCCCUCGCACCUUCACGCAUCGCAUGGGUCUAUUCGGCCACAUGCGCAUCCACGACGACCUGCGGUAG